ACUCAUACUCCACCUCUCUUCUCCUGUUCAAAGGAAUUCAUUCACCACCAAGAUUCAACAAAAAGCUUCAGCUAUAUAUCCGAACACAGAGAUAUAUAUAUAGAGUUAAUUUUUUUUUUUUCUGAUCAGGAUUAUCCAAAACCUAGAUCAGUUUUUUUUUCUCUACAAUAUGGGUAACACUAACAGCUUAAGGUGUUGUUUGGCUUGUGUUCUUCCAUGUGGGGCACUAGACUUGAUCCGAAUAGUGCAUUUGAAUGGCGACGUGGACGAGAUCACUCGUCGAAUCACAGCUGAAGAGGUUCUCAAAGCCAACCCUAACCAUGUUCUCAGCAAGCCGAGCUCUCAGGGUGUCGUUCGCCGGAUUUUGAUCCUCUCGCCGGAGACCGAGCUCAAGAGGGGCAGCAUAUAUUUCCUAAUCCCAGCGUCCUCGCUGCCGCCGGAGAAGAGACGGAGCGGAAAAUAUAUCGGUGACAGUGAUCUCAACAAAAAAGCCAUCAAUUACAAGGGUGUUGAUGAUGGUAAUCAUGAACAACAACAACAACAACAUAACUUGGUUUCAAAUAAAGAAAAGAAAUCGUCUCGCCGGAAAGGUCAUCAUCGUGUUGGAAUAUGGAGGCCUCAUUUAGAGAGCAUUUCUGAAGAUUUGUAACUUUUGUGUGUUACCGGCGUGAGGAAAAAAAACUUGGUUCUAUAAUUGAUGAAAAAUAGCAACAGGACCUUUUUUAUUUCUCUCUUUGUUUGAUAACUGUAUGUGAGUAUUUGAUUUUGUGGAUAAAAAAUGAUCACCUGGCUUUCCGA